UGAACACGCUUAUCUUCUUUUUUCCCCAAAGUAAUCUUUAUUAUACGUGUAUAAAAUCGAAACUCAGCUCGUGAUUUCCAGUAGUACGUAUUACUUAGGCUAAUUCAUAAAACGCAGAGAUGAUUAAUGCAGCCAAAGGUUCCUUAAUUGCAGUUACGAUCAUAGUUCUCGUUUCAAUUGCAAUCGCUGAUCCGCAAGGUCCAGAUACAUCAACUCCAGAUUCCACCCCAAGUCCAUCAUCAACAACUCCAAGCCCAUCAACAACGCCAACUCCAUCGACCCCUCCACCAAAUUCUCCACCAAACUCCUCCACAACUCCACCACCAAAUGGUACCACUCCUCCACCAACUGGUACCACUCCUCCACCAGGAGGUGCAGGACCAACUCCGAACAUGCCUACAUCAACGAAUCCCAGCUACUCGACUCCAAGUACGUCGAGUGGAGUCGAUGAAAUUAACCAAAGUGCUCAAGACCUCUAUGGUAAGCUGGAUGCAAUCGUGCAAGAAUGCGCAAAUAUUCAGAAUUGUGGCGGGCAAGGGGAUGCGUGUGAUCCGUUGACGAUCUUGGAAAAAAUGGAGAUGGAUGCUGUAAAGGAUGCUUGCCAGGCUAUGACGAAAAAUAAAACCAUGGCGGAUAAAGCUUUAGAAUGUAAUAAUUCUUCAAUAAGUAAAGGUGGGUCGGGAAGUGGUUCAGGAAGCGGCCCCGGAAGCGGCCCCGGAAGCGGGCCUUCAACACCCAGUUCCAGUCCAUCAAGCUCUCCUAGCUCAUCUCCCUCUUCAACCACUUCUACAGAUCCGAAUAACCCCACAAGCAGUACAACACCUCCACCAACUACUCCAACAACUACAACACCGCCACCAACUGGCACUCCUCCAGCAGGCACUCCUCCAGCAGGUACUCCUCCUCCCCCAAAUAGUCCUCCGUAAUAAGCUACCUUGAGGUAACUUUCAUGAAAAUGUGUAUAUUAAUACGUGGGGAUCACCCAUCAGACACGCCUGUAAACGACCUAUGAAUAAAUAACUAUGUACCUACCUUACCUAUGUUACCGAUGCUAAUAAAUUUGAUAGAAAAUCUUA